AUGCCAAGUAAUUGCGAGAUCUGCUGCGAGAUCGUCAUCGCCAUCUUGCUCCCUCCUGUCGGUGUUUGUUUCAGGCAUGGCUGCUGCAGCGUGGAAUUUUGGAUUUGCUUGUUACUGACUAUUUUAGGCUACGUUCCUGGAAUAAUUUAUGCUCUCUAUGCAAUUAUUUUCAUCGAUCGCGAUGAGUAUUUUGAUGAGUACAGGCGUCCUCUUUAUGCCCCUGUAUACGAGUGA